CGAGGAAAUGAAAAUAGUCGACCUGAGAAGCAGCCAUAGAUGGGUGACUUGGUCCAUGUGGCUUUCUGUCGUCCAUCUUGGUUUAGAGACAUGUAUCAUGCACUUACACUGACUUGGCACUGAGUGGCAGUGUAUGAGAUGAUGCAAUAGGGUCCUAUGUAGUGGCUGAUGGUGCAACUAUGCAAACAAAAACAAUGCAUAAGAAAACACCUUUUGAAUAGCUGUCCACUGUAGUGACCUCUAUGCAUGAAAGGGUUUUAAAUUACAUCAUGUACCCUCGUAAUUUAUGGAAGAUUUUAGAUUGAUGUUAUUAAAUACAGUCAUUGAAUAUCAAUACCACUCUUAUAUCACUAUGUUAAAUACUGUAUGAAGCAGCCAGUUAGCUUAGCAACAAUUAUGGAAACAGAGGGAAACAGCAAGCUGGCUCUGACCAAAAGGUCACUCUCAGGAGCGUGACAGGCACUUGGCUGCCUUUGCUGUUAUUUUACCCCUGAGCCAGGGGUCAUUGCGUGUAGGGUCUUGCAGGCUCCUGAUCUACAUUUGGCCUUUACCUGUUUGGAGGGGUGAUUGAGGUGUCCAUCAUGUCGGUUAUGAAGAAGGAGAUGGAUAAGUACAGGGACAUAGACGAGGACGAGCUGCUGAAGAAACUGUCAGAGGAAGAGCUGCAGCGAUUAGAGGAUGAAUUAGAGGAGCUGGAUCCUGAUAAUGCGUUGUUGCCUGCUGGGAUGCGGCAGAAGGACCAGACCAAGAAAAAUCCGACUGGGACAUUUCAGAGAGAUAACCUGCUGGCCCAUCUGGAGAAACAGGCCAAAGAGCAUCCUGAGCAAGAAGACCUGGUGCCUUUCACAGGGGAGAAGAGAGGGAAAGCCUUUGUGCCGAAGAAGAUGGUGGACCCCAUCAUGGAGAAUGUGACUCUGGAGCCGGAGCUGGAAGAAGCCCUGGCGAGUGCUUCUGAUGCUGAACUCUGUGAUAUCGCAGUCUCUACUUCCUGCAUGACAGAAUUGUAUCAUCAAAAAUGCUGCAGGAAUAUUUUGGGAGCACAACGAGUCCCUGGACUUGCUGAAGCCAUCCUGGGUAUGCACACCCUGAUGAGUAACCAGCAGUACUAUGAAGCCCUGGCCAGCAGCAACAUAGUCAACAAGCAAGGCCUCAACAGUGUGAUCCAGUGCGCACAGUAUAAAGCAGUCCCAGAUGAAGAGCCCAACUCCACUGACGUAGAAGAGACCCUGUUGAGGAUGAAGAGGAACGACCCCGACCUGGUGGAGGUGAACCUCAACAACAUCAAGAAUAUCCCCAUCAAGACUCUGAAGGCGUACGCUGAUGCUCUGAUAGAGAACUCUGUGGUGGAGAGGUUUAGUAUUGUGGGAACCAGGAGCAACGACCCUGUAGCAUUUGCCCUGGCAGAGAUGUUGAAGGUGAACACGACGCUGAAGAGCCUGAAUGUGGAGUCUAACUUCAUCACAGGGACCGGCAUAGUGUCCCUCAUAGAAUCACUGCAGAACAACACCACACUACAGGAGCUCAAGAUAGACAACCAGAGCCAGCCGCUAGGCAACAAGGUGGAGAUGGAGAUAGCCCGCAUGCUGGAGAAAAACACCACGCUGUUGAAGUUUGGAUAUCAUUUCACCCAGCAGGGUCCGCGCCUCCGAGGCUCCAACGCCAUGAUGAACAACAACGACCUGGCUCGGGUUGUCAGGUCGGAGGCUGACGGCUCCUUCACCCUCACCUUGUCCGUUCCUGAGCUGGAGAUGGCCUUCGGGAAAAAGUUCAAGUCCAAGACUAAUAAGAAAGAGAAGGCUUGAGGGAGGUCCCAUUUUCCCCAAGUGUCGGACAAAUAUAUAGAAACCAGGGCGCCCAUCAACCCUCCGUUCCCCUUCGACCCGGACCAUCCUCUAAACACCUUCCUGUAACCCUCUCCGGCCUGACACCCUCCGGUGGCAGAAAACAACAACCAUCACGUCACCAUGUUGUCUCUGAACUCUUUUUUCCAGAAAUGUUUUGGUAGAUAUUAAAGGAUAUUAUGGGAUUAAUCAGCAGUGUCACUCAAAGCUUUCAGGGCAUGCAAAAGGUGAAAUUCUGUGCCUAUUUUUGCACUCUGAUGUUUGAUUUGUUACAGGCGUGGACAUUUGCUGUAGCUGUUUGGAUAAACUCAUGAAUCCUUUAAUAUCCCUUUAAGUGUCUAGAUCCUUAAAAAAGGGGGCUGGAGGCCUGGUUUUGAACAGGGGCACAUUGAAAUGGGACAGGAGACUUUUUUUGAAAUCGCUGUUACCAUUGAUGAGUUGAAUUAAUUUGAAUUAUUAUGCUGUAAAUGAGUUGUGCUGCCAUUACUGUUGUUCCCUAAAGUGUCUGAUGUUGUUUCGAGAUCGACAUACAAGAUAUUUUCUACCAAUUAUUCACAAAAGCCAAUGUCCCAUUUGAAUUUGAUAGACCUUAACAUUGUCUUGGUGACUCAGUGCUCAGAGGCUAUACAGAUCCUUCAGUAAUGGACAGUAGAUUUAUAAACCUGGUUACUGUGAGAUUUGUCGCUAUAUAGAGAAUAUAUUUAUUUGUGACGGACCUGGGAAAGAGUCAGAAGCCAUUCAAAUACAUUUUGCUGGAUAGUGUAACGUCUUGUCUAAAAAGGUUUCUGUAAAUGAAACUCUAAUGACACUUUACAUUGUUAAAUUAUCCAGCAAUAUACAAGCAAUCUCUGCAGAGCAUUCUGCCAGCUGGGAUUAGAAACUGAGUUAUUUACUGACAAUAGAUAUUCUAUGAACCCACUGUAAAAAAACAACAACCUACGAACACUGUGUUGUUUUAUUGAAUUGACUGUACUGUUAAUUAUAUACGAUAAUCUAAAAGAACCCAAACUGAGUAUUUGAUUGGACUUCUGUUACACUUUCUACCAAGUCUAGUUUGUUGAUUGUUUGUGUUUUUAUUUUUAUUUACUGGAGCUAAAUCAUGCAGUUUAUUACAAAAUGGUUGGUAAUGUUGACUUACUGUUGAUUAAAGGUUUCAUAUUAAAGCCUCAAUCCAGGUUUCAAUAACAGACAGUAGACGCCGAUUAAAAACACAGAAAACCUCUAAUGUCAUCACAGCUGUCAGAUUACCUAAAUCCAUCAAAGUUAUUCAAAAUAAAAAUACUUAAAAUGCUUGUUAUCUUUGUGAUGAGCUAACAACCUAACGUCUGAAAUAUGGUAUAACACUUUGAUACUGGAUGGAUCCUUUAAUGGUUCACAAUGAUGAUUUACGGUUCCAACUCCGACUACACAUCCACAUGCUGGUAAUGAUGAACUCUGCUGUGUAUUUUGCAACACUUUAAACAUUAACAGCAUAAUGAGAAAAAGGAGGUGUUAGCUGCUAUGUAACCAGGAACUUGAGCUAAUAUGUUGCUGUCUGAAAAUAAAUUUGCUCCAGUAAAAAUCCUUGGAAAACUGUCUGUUACAUUGUAAUGUCUCAAGGUGAAACAGGUCUGUAUUUUUUGGCUUAAAGAAAAUGGGUCCCCUAUUAUACUAUUUUUCAACAAUAUAAUAUAGGUCUCAGAUAUAUACAAAACAUGUCUCUGAAGUGUUUGGCUCGAAAUGCCAAACAGGUCAUGCAUUGUAGCAUCCCAUAAUCCCCUCUGUUUCAGCCCUGUUUCAAAAGUGCUGAUUCUGUGUCUGUAGCUUUAAAUGCUAAUGAGCUGCUGCUGCUGCUGGCCACGCCCCUCUGCUAGAUUAUUGGUUUAAAAACACAAUGGAGAUUCAAGUGAUAAGGUGGGCGGGUUUUACCUUGGUGUGUUAUUGGUUAAUGGUUGCACAACCCAACAAAACAUUGUGACAUCACAAAGUGGCCUAAAUCUGAUCAGCUCAUUUGUAGACUGGUUUUUAUAUAAAUUGAUCAGGACAAAAAGUGAGCGAAUCUUUUUUCCUGAAACUUUCAGAAUCUCUUUACACAGAGGGGACACAUGUUUACGUAUAAAAGACACGACAAAGGGGAUGUUGCAUAAUAGGUGACCUUUAAUGUUGCAGAAUCAAGGAAAAAUCUUAGCUGACCGUACCAUCCAGUUUCCUUGAUGUCAACAACUGUACCUGAUAUUGACAGCCUUUUUGAGGGUCAGAUAACCCUUUUAAUGUUAUUUAAUGUCACCGCUUUGUUACUCUUGUCAGUGCUGUGGGUGAUGUUCAACAAAUGGAAAUUAUAGAUGUAAACAUUUGUCCAACAGGUACAACUGAAUGCUAAAGGCAAAAGAGGACGUGGACUUGUGCUACUCUUCAAAAGUCCAGUGUCUUCUGAUAUUUUAGUGCUUGACUCUGUGUUACAUUAGAUAGUUCAUAUUUUUUGGUUGAAUGUUGUUUAAUAAAUAAAUAAAGCUUGAAAAUAUUUCGUUUUCUUGAACUGCCAAAGCAUUUGUGUGGACAUGUGCAGUGCUGUGCUAUUGACAACAGUGAUACUCACUGGAUAAAUGGAAUAAAUACACCAGGUCAGUUCAGUUGGGCUGCCGUCUCUCCCUAUGCUGCCCUCUUCAGACAAACAUUAGUGUUACACUUCUGUUAACUGCACAAAGGCAGUGGUCAAAUAUUCUGAAUGUUGAUCCAUUGAAAAUAAGUUGUAUCAACAUACACCAAGUUGUUGCUUGACAGCCAAAAUAAAACUGAAAGAUCU